AUGAGCAUCCUUUCUUUCAUAUGCAUCUUUACUUACAUACUAAGCCCUUCUCUAAGAGUUUCCCUCGCGGCUGAUUCCAUUGCUGCAUCUCAAAGCAUCCCGGAUGGCAUGACCUUGGUUUCCCAAGGAGGAACCUUUGAACUGGGAUUCUUCAGUCCUGGAAGCUUUAGCAAACGUUAUUUGGGAAUGUGGUACAAGAAGAUCCCAGUUAGAACCAUUGUGUGGGUGGCAAACCGCCAAACCUCAAUCAAUGGAACGUCCGGCAUCUUAAUGUUAAACAGUACAGGCAGUCUAGUCCUCAGCCAAAAUGGCACCGUCGUUUGGUGUGCAACCCCUCAAAGACAAGCAAGAAAACCAGUGGCUCAGCUUCUUGAUUCUGGCAAUCUUGUGGUGAAAGAUGAGGAAGAUGCAAACCCAGAAGCCUAUUUGUGGCAAAGCUUUGAUUACCCAUCUGAUACAAUGUUGCCAGGUAUGAAGAUAGGGUGGGACCUCAAAAAUGGUCUGAAUAGGCGUCUAACAGCAUGGAAGAGCCCAGAAGAUCCAGCUUCAGGAGAUUUUUCUUGGGGCAUAGAGAUCUAUAACUAUCCUGAAUCAGUUAUGAACAAGGGACAAAAGAAGUAUUACAGACCAGGACCUUGGAAUGGCUUGUAUCAAAGUGGUACACCAGAACUAAAGCCUAACUCUUUGUUUGAUUACAACUUUGUCUUUGAUCAGAAUGAGGCCUACUACACUUAUACUCUCAGAACUAACUCUUUAGUUUCAAUAUUAGUUAUGAACCAAACCAGUUAUGUUCGUUAUCGUUAUGUCUGGGUGGAAACAGAUCAAAAGUGGAGGAUUUAUGCAUCACGUCCAGGGGAUUACUGUGACACCUAUGGCCUAUGUGGAGCCAAUGGGCAUUGUAUCAUUACUGAUUCUCCAGUCUGUCAAUGUUUAAAAGGGUUCAGGCCUAAGUCACCAGAAAUGUGGAACUCAAUGGACUGGUCUCAAGGCUGUGUUCACAAAAAACCAUUAAGCUGCAAAUUCAAGCAAAAGGAUGGGUUUCUAAAAGUGAGUGGCUUGAAACUUCCAGAUACUACCCACACUUGGUUAAAUCAGACUAUUGGCUUAGAAGAAUGCAGAACUAAGUGCUUAAAUAACUGUUCUUGCAUGGCAUUUGCAAAUUCAGAUAUUAGAGGGAAAGGAAGGGGAUGUGCCUUAUGGUUUGGAGAUCUAAUUGAUAUUAGACAUAUGGCAGAUGGUGGGCAGGAUCUAUAUAUUCGAAUGAAUUCUUCAGAAUUAGCUGAAGACGCAGAGCAAGGGCAUAAGAAGUUAACAAAGAAAACUAUUGCCAUCAUUGCCAUUGCAACUUCGGUGAUGCUUUUACUUGGGUGCAGUUGCAUCCUCAGAGUCUACAAAAACUAUAAUGACAAAGUUAAAAGUGUAGAUCAAGAUCAGAACAAUGGAAAACACUCUGAAGAUUUGGAUCUUCCAUUUCUUGACUUAUCAACUAUUGUCAUUGCCACUGGUAACUUCUCCAUUAACAACAAAAUAGGAGAAGGUGGUUUUGGACCUGUGUAUUGGGGAAAAUUGGUAAAUGGGCAAGAAAUUGCUGUGAAGAGGCUUUCAAAAAGUUCAGGACAAGGAAUAACUGAAUUUAAGAAUGAAGUAAAACUGGUUGCAGAACUCCAACACCGGAAUCUUGUAAAGCUUCUAGGAUGUUGCAUUCAGGGAGAGGAAAAUAUGCUAGUUUAUGAAUACAUGUCUAAUAGCAGCCUAGACUCCUUCAUUUUUGAUGAUACGAAAGGUGUGGUUCUAGAUUGGUCUAAACGCUACCACAUUAUUUGUGGCAUUGCUCGAGGACUUUUAUAUCUUCAUCAAGAUUCCAGACUGAGAAUCAUUCAUAGGGAUCUCAAGGCAAGUAACGUGUUACUUGAUGACACGCUGAACCCAAAGAUAUCUGAUUUUGGAUUGGCAAGAACUUGUGGAGGAGACCAGAUUGAAGGAAGCACAAACAGAGUAGUAGGGACUUAUGGCUACAUGGCACCUGAAUAUGCCAUUGAUGGGGUAUUUUCAAUAAAAUCCGAUGUCUUCAGCUUUGGCAUUUUGCUACUGGAGAUCAUAUCUGGCAAGAGAAAUAGAGGGUUUUAUGAUGCAAACCACAGCCAAAACCUUAUUGGUCAAGCAUGGAGAAAAUGGAAAGAAGGUAAGGCUUUGGAACUGAUUGACAAGAACGUUGAAAACUCAUGCAUUGCAUCAGAAGUCCUACGUUGUAUCCACAUCAGCCUAUUAUGUGUUGGCGAACAUCCAGAGGAUAGGCCUAGCAUGUCCUCAGUGGUUCUAAUGCUGGGAAGUGAAAUGGAUUUGCCUAAUCCUAGGCAACCAGGUUUCUAUUUGAACAAGUUCUCAGUGGAAUCAAAUUCUUCCCAACCAGAAUUUGGUACAUCGAAUGAGAUGACAAUUACUCAAUUAAUAGCCCGAUGAAAAUCAAAGUAUUCAAGAUUCACAUGUAUAUCAUUGAACCAUUCCUAGUAUUUUGUAAUUAUUCCAGAACAACCAAUGCAUCACACAGGUAUAUGUCUAGUUAAAGACGCAACGUGCGAAGCCAUGCAAUUCUAAUACAUUAACAGUACACAAGUACCUUGCAUGGUAAGAAUUUCCUAUGUAGGUAUAUAUUACUUUGUUUUGAUCAGCAAGUAUUAUAUGGAAGACAAUUGAUGUCUGGAUUUGUUGGUACGAGAGGUUAAACUGAACUUAUCUGAAA